CCCCACGUGGACUCUGGUACAUAUAAUACCCCGGCGUCGUCCUGUUCCGCUGUCAAGUAUUACGACCCCAUGUCAGAACGAGUCGAGGCAUCGAGCCUACGGUCAUCGCGUGCAGACGUGUGGGACCUCAAGGAAAUCACCUUCGGUACGGGUGAACGGAGGCGCAAAGUCAAGAUCAUAACGCAAAACUUCAACGGCCCAUGCUCGUUCAUCGCAAUAUGCAAUAUACUCAUCCUCCGAGGCGACAUACAGAUCCAGCCGUAUGAACGCACCAGUGUAUCCUACGAAUUUCUAUCGCAGCUCGUUGGAGAAUAUCUUCUCUUGAGUUGUACAGAUCCCGACAUCGACAUAUCCGCAGCUCUCUCUGUCAUGCCCACUACUACAAAGGGUCUUGAUCUAAACCCACAAUUUACUGCCGUCGAUUCAUUUAGACCAGGCGAAGGCGGUGGCGAGCUCCAGCUAUUCUCCAAAGCUGGUAUCAGACUCCUUCAUGGCUGGGUCGUGGAUCCCGAGAGUCCCGCAGCAUCGGUCCUUUCUCGCGUCAGCGACUAUGACAGCGCAGUCACGCUCAUAGCAGAUGCCGAUCACAUUACCAAGGGAAAACUCUUGCAUUCGGACGUGUUUGACGACUCAAACGAGCCUGGACCGAGUCGCAGUGAUACCCUGCCCAGCAACACGGCCGGACCCAGCUCGUUAGCAGCAGGCGCAAAUAGUCAGUCAAGCACAGAGCCAAGCAAUCAAUUCCAGUUCGAACCGCGCAGUCCGAGCGAAGCGUAUUCCGAACAAGACCGACAGAAGAUCGAAUCUGCUCUUGUUGCACAGGGAUUUUUGGACUCGACCCAGUCUCAGCUGACUUACUAUGGACUGUUCCAACUCGCCACAGCUGUCGAGCCAGGUUCGCUCGUUGCGCUAUUUCGAAACUCACACCUCUCGGUGCUGCACAAGCCCGAAGGCGAGGAUUCUGCUCUAUACACGCUCGUCACGGAUAACGUCUUUCUCCACGAAUCGUCGGUAGUGUGGGAGCGUCUGGAAGACGUCGAUGGUGGAUGGUCGACGUUCGUCGACUGCGAUUUUGUCAAGUCGUCACCAGCGGGAGGUGACUUUGCUGGCCAGACUGCGGAAGCUGCAGCCAGAGCCUACGAAGUUGCAGCCGGAGUCGGAGACCCAGCAGAUCAUGAAUUAGCAAGACGGCUUCAGGCAGAGGAAGAUGCACGCGCACGGCAGCUUUACCUACAAAGAGAACGACAACGUGCGGAGCGGCAGAGAAGUCAGGCGAAUCCGAUUGGCGAUGGUGAGAGUCGGAAAACGAAGAAGGCGAAAGACAAGUGUAUUAUUAUGUAGGCUUGGUGGCUUCGAUACCCUAAACAACUUUCAUGUGAUUCUUUUCCGGGCCUACGAACGCGACACCAAGACCGAGGGUAACAGUGUAAUGGCGAAAUGCCGAUGGGCUGUACGGGCAACAAGGUCAGUGGCACCGCAGAAUGCCAAGGGCAUUGUUUAGGAUCACCGCAUUAUGCUUCGUGAACAUGAUAAUGGCGGACAUUCAAAG